AAGCAGGGACCAAGACCCCAGGGGGAGGGUGGGGGAAGCGAGAGGUUUCGUGGGACUUGGUGCUCCAGGCAGAAGGAUGUCACAGCUGAGCCUGUCCUGGCUGGCACUGGGGCCACUGGCAGCCUCCCCGUGGCUCCUCCUGCUGCUGCUGGGGACCUCCUGGCUCCUGGCCCGAGUCCUGGCCUGGGCCUACACCUUCUAUGACAACUGCCGCCGCCUCCGAUGUUUCCCAGAGCCCCCAAAGCGGAACUGGUUGUUGGGUCACCUGGGUCUGGUGAAGACCAAUGAGGAGGGCUUGCAGCUGAUAGAGAAACUGGGCCACUACUUCCGUGACAUUCACCUUUGGUGGCUUGGACCCUUCUACCCUGUCCUGCGGCUCAUCCACCCUAAGUUCAUUGCCCCUCUGCUCCAGGCCCCAGCCACUGUUGCACCUAAGGAUAGACUUUUCUACAACUUCAUGAAGCCUUGGCUGGGGGAUGGGCUUCUGCUGAGUGCUGGUGACAAGUGGAGCCAUCACCGUCGUCUGCUGACACCUGCCUUCCACUUUGAAAUCUUGAAGCCCUACAUGAAGAUUUUCAACAAGAGUGCAGACAUCAUGCACGCCAAGUGGCAGCGCCUGGCCUCAGAGGGCAACACCCGUCUGGAUAUGUUUGAACACAUCAGCCUCAUGACACUGGACAGUCUGCAGAAAUGUGUCUUCGGUUUUGACAGCAAUUGCCAGGAGAAUCCCAGUGAAUAUAUUGCUGCCAUCUUGGAGCUCAGUGCCCUCGUGACAAAACGGAGCCAGCAGAUAUUCUUGCACAUGGAUUUCCUGUACCAACUCACCCCUGAUGGACGGCGCUUCCGCAGGGUUUGCAACCUGGUGCACAACUUCACGGACGCCGUCAUCCAGGAGCGGCGUCACACCCUCAUCAGUCAGGGUUCUCAUGACUUCCUCAAAGCCAAGGCUAAGACCAAGACUUUGGACUUCAUUGAUGUGCUCCUACUGGCCAAGGAUGAAGAUGGGAAGAAAUUAUCAGAUGAGGACAUCAGAGCUGAGGCUGAUACUUUCAUGUUCGAGGGCCAUGACACCACAGCCAGUGGCCUGUCCUGGGUCCUGUACAACCUCGCACGGCACCCAGAAUACCAGGAGCGCUGCCGGCAGGAGGUGCAACAGCUCCUGGGGGACCGGGAGCCUAAAGAGAUUGAAUGGGAGGACCUGGCCCAGCUACCCUUCCUGACCAUGUGCAUCAAGGAGAGUCUGCGCUUGCACCCUCCAGUCACGGUCAUCUCCCGCUGCUGUACCCAGGACAUUAUGCUGCCUGAUGGACGUGUCAUCCCCAAAGGAAACAUCUGUGUCAUCAGCAUCUUUGGAGUUCAUCACAACCCCUCAGUCUGGCCGGACCCUGAGGUAUACAACCCCUUCCGCUUCGACCCAGAAAUACCCCAGAAGAGGUCACCUCUGGCAUAUAUUCCCUUCUCUGUGGGGCCCAGGAACUGCAUCGGGCAGACGUUCGCCAUGGCCGAGAUGAAGGUGGUGCUGGCGCUCACGCUGCUGCGCUUCAGAGUCCUGCCUGACGAUGCGGAGCCGCGCAGGAAGCCCGAGCUGAUUCUGCGGGCAGAGGGCGGACUUUGGCUGCGGGUGCAGCCGCUGGGCACGGGCGCUCAGUGACACCCCCGGCCCCCCAUCACCGCCCUGACCCCACACACGUCCCUGUGCAGAGUCCCGGGGGAUGGGGUGGGAAACUGUGCUGUGACUGCUGCCCCAGCCUCCCUGCGGCCCCCCAGCGCGGGGGCGGGGCCGGUGGAGGGGGCCAAGGUUUCUCUGAGCCUGAGACCCUGUCUGCUUCUCCUGCCCACCACAGGGCCCCACGCUGAUUGCGGAUUUUCCUAGGGUCCAAGCAGGGGCUUUGUAGUGCGGGUAAUGGGGAAACAUGGCAGGUGUCUGAGCAGGAGAGGGACCAGAUUUAAGGAUGGGCUUUAAGAGUACAUUUGAGACUGAGUCACACAGGAGAACCCAUAGCAAUACUACACUCUGGCCACCCUAACCUCCGUUCUGAUCUCCUAAUAUACCCAGUCUUUCGUCACCUCUCAAUCUUUCCCAGUGUCCCUAUGGUCACUGUUACAAUGUCUCCUUAAAGAUGAGGAUCACCUUGCAUCCUGGGGACAAGACUGUUUAAGGAAAGUGGAGGGGGUACCUAGAAGCAGGCAGGGUCAGAUGACCCUGGAUCCACCACAGCCUGGACUUUGCUCCCCAAAUCACAACCCCAGUCUGCUAUUUGCUGACUGUUUAGCUCCAGGAACAUGGUGUCCCUCUCUGAGCCUCAGUUCCUUUAUUAACCAAUAGGGGCCACUUCAUGCCCUGUUGGGGGUCUGAAUAAGCAAGCACGUGCCACGUGACCCAGCCAUCGUCUGGUAGACUUCAGUCCUUAGUGAGGAUUCAUUUCCUCCCUUUCCCUUCUUUCUUGCAUCACGCUCCACAUUUUAAAUUUAAAAAAAAUCUUAAAAGUUAACUUUAAAUUUUGGGAAAUGUGGCACCCUGCUGUUAAAGGAGACUAUAAAACAAAACCCCCAAAAUGUUAAGAAAAAGAACAAAUGCUAAAAAAGAAAGCUAUCAGUAGAAGAUUCAGUAAUUUAAAAUAUCCAUUGUUACAUCUGAGAAGUUACAAGGAUCUUUGAUGCAAAGCUGGCCUGAAGCUAGGAACUGGGAAAAAACUCUUUUUUUCUCUCCCCUCCCCCCAGAGAUGCAUGGCCUGGACUCCAUUCUCACCCACCAGGGGUGUGCAACCUUUUGUUGUCUCUGGGCCACACUGGAAGAAGAGUUGUCUUGGGCCACACAUUAAACACACAGACACUAACAAAAACAAAAAAAAAAUCCCCAUGUUUUCAGCAAAUGUAGGAUUUUGUGUUGGGCUGCAUUCAUAGCCCUCCUGGGCCGCAUGCAGGCUGCUGGCCAUGGGUUGGACGCCCCUGGCCCCUAGUUGUUCCAGGACACGGAGGUCUCCUGGGUCUGCAGCAGCUGAGAGGAAGACAGAAGGGGGUCUCAAUUCUCUUCAUUAAUUUGGGUGUCUUUGUUUUUUUCUCAUGUGUGUCUUGAAGUUUUCAUCACAGACAUCCUGUACAUAUUUCGUUAGAUUUGUAACAGCCUGUGAACGUCUCUCCUGUGCCAUUGCCCCUUAGCAAGGAGGGGGAUCCAGGAGGGAAAAAAGCCAUGGGCUUGGGUCAGAGGGCCAGGGGCAAAGCCCAGCUUUGUAACUCUUCAGUGAUGUCACCUUGGGUGAGUAACUUGCCCUUUCUAAGCCUCCUGUUCCUUUCCGGUAAAACAGAAAUAAUAAAAGGCCAGUGGGGACUGGAAGAGCAA